AUGGACUUUGAAGAACGUUUAGCAAGAGCAGAAAGAUCAGACUCACCUUCAUUAGUUGGCGCGUCGAUGAGAUCAGCAGAUGACUCACCACACAAGAAUUACAUUCAUCCAGAAAAGUAUGUGUCGUCAAGAGCUGAAUCGAGAUCAAAAUCAAGAACAAGAUCAAGUAAAUUGAAACUGUCAGUCACUGCAUCUUUAGAUGAUUUGAUCAACGAGGGUGCAUUAUUAGGCUCAGAGGAAGACUUUGAUAAGUUUUUAGAUGACGAUGGUACGGUGAAACACGAGGCAAAAUACACCAAUAAAUUGGACGAAGAAGGAAUUGAGGAAGAGGAUGAGGGGAAAGAGAGUGUUGAGCCGGAAGAGAUUCAGCAAAAAAUUGAAAAGGCAAUUGAGCAAGAAGAACCAUUGAGAGGAAGAAAAGCGAAAGUGGUGGAGGAAAAGAAUUUGGAAAAGGAACCUACUGAAAAGGAAUCGAAACCGACUGGUUCCAAGAAUGCAGCUUUGUCAUUUUAUAAACAAGAUGACUACUCGACUCCAAAUUUGUCAGAUUAUCAAUUGGAUCAAAACAUCACUGACCAUAACGAUUUUGUUAACCAUGUUCAAUCGUAUGAUUUAGAAAAGUUACCCCGAUCAAAUCUGUCUUUGGGAGACGAGGAAAAGACCGCGGCAUUGUCAAGACCUCGACCCCACACUACACUUUCAUCAGCUCAACAGCAAAGGUUGGAGAGUAGUUUGCACCCUUUUCAUACUGAUAGACCUAGAUCGAGGUCAAGAUCUUCGAACCCAUCAUCACGGAUAGCCGCACGCUCGUCGUCUUCCUCGUCAUCCUCAAGACACUUGGCUAGGGGAGACUCGUACAAGAAUGUUCAUAGCGAUGAACCUUCCAAAUAUGAGUUACCAGCUGAUUUUUCUACCGAUGAAGUGAAGGAGUCACACGAGGCGGAGGAAGAGGACAGAGGUAGAGCUGCUAGACCAACAAUGGGAGAUUCGAUUGCUGCUGCCGAGGCUAGGAAAUCUCGAGCCGAGAAUGAUCCGUUUGUGCCCGAGUAUGCGUCCAAUCCAAUUAGCAGAGAGCCAUCUUUGGUGACAACUGGAGAUUACACCAAUUUUGAAGUUGACAAUCCUCGUACGCCAGCUAAACACAAACCCAAUACUCGAUUUAUCAGGUCCAGCUCAAGUCACCCAAUGGAUGAAAAAAAUGAUUCCAAUGUUGAUGGAUUAAAAGAGGAAGGUGCUUUAGUGACCGAUGACCCAUAUGCCUCAAUCGAUCAGUUGGACAGUUUGAUGGAGGAGGUGUUGCAAGGGUUUUCUAAACACUCAGAAACAAAAGUCGAGGACGAGAAGACAGGUUCAGAGAAGGAUAAGAAGACAGGUUCAGAGAAGGAUGAGAAGACAGGUUCAGAGAAGGAUGAGAAGACAGAUUCAGAGAAGGAUGUGGCAACUAAAGCGGAGGAACCUUUGACAAAGAAGACUGCUGCCUCUGCUAACUCCUCUGAAGAGUUUAGGAAGAAGGAAGACGUUAAUACCGUUGAAGACGACCUCGCUUCGGUCGAUAAGGAAGAUAAGGAAGACAAGGAACCAAGCUUAGAUGAAACUUUGAAAGAAGGUGUAGAGAAAAAGGAAACUAAUUCAGAUCCUUCAGAGUCCGCGGCUACUGAAAAGGAGGAGACCUCAGAUUCAAAAGAAGUGGCCGCGAAGGGCACUAAUGAAACCACAAACGAAGAUGUCAUUCAGAAGGAUGCAAAGCGUGCAGAAGUUGAAGGGAACGAAAAGGAUGAUGCCGAUACAACAGGCUUGAAAGAAGAGGGAGUUUUGACCAGUGAAGAUCCCCUUGAACGAGUUGAAGAGAGUGAGUUGAGAGAAGGUGUGUCUAUUAGUGACUUGGGUACAAAAAAGUCAGAGGCAACAGAAGAAAGCAAAGGACAUGACAGAGCCAAGUUGGAAGCUAGUAAUGCAAAACUAGAAGAUAACUUGAUUCAAGGUUCACUCAAUACCGACGGUCCAGCUGAUUUGGAGAAGAUUGAGAAAGAAGAAAAAGAGGGGCUUAAGGAAAAUGAGGAUGAAAAGAAAAAAGAAGCAGAAGGAAAGAUUCCUAAAGAUGAAGAAGCUGAGUUGGACUCAGCCAAGAAGAAUGAACCAAACUUAAUUGUUGGAGGAAAUGAGGAAAGUGAGCGAGUCGAGCAAAAGGAAUCAAAUGAAUCUGUUGCAAAAAAAUCGGUGGAUGAUAAGGCACCAUUUAAAGAGGCCAGCACUGCACAAGAAGCCACCGAGGACUUGUCUCUGAAAGGCCAGCAGGACGAUGAAUUGCAAGCUGGAAAGAAGGAUACCGACUCAGAACACAAAGCUGACGCUGUCCAACUGGAUUCAUCUGGUAAACUUUUAGAAGGUACUCUCAAUGCCAAUGGUCCAGAAGAAUUGAAAGGCGACGUUAAAGGGUCAAAAUCAAUCGAGGAAACCAAAACUACUGCCGAUACUGAAGCUAAGAAGGAAGAACUGUCUAAAAUCGUCGAACCAGUGGAGACUGAACCAAAAAAAGGAAAUACAACUAAGGAGGCUGAACAGGAAGUCGAACUCUCUGAAGAGACUCCAGAACCAAGUGUAGCUGACACUGCUUCUCUGGAUGAUAUUUCUAAGAAAGCUGAAUCUAAGGAAGAAAACACCGAGUCCGCUGAAGAAAAGAAAGCCAUUGAGCUGAUUGACGACGGCAGCAAGUCAACAGUGGACUCCGCCGCUGCUACCGCGCAUGAGGUGACAUCAUUACCGAGUUCAAAGAAAGAUGAUCCACCUAUUGAUGAGUUUGACGAUUUAGAAGACAUUUCUCCCGAGGAAAUUCGCAAACAUCUUGAAUCACAACCUAUUUACAUCUUUACAUCAUUAGCGGGUGGUGCGCAAAUUAUCCCACGUACCAAUCGAUUAGCCACCAUUUUGCAAGCCAAUGGAAUUAAAUUUGAGUAUAGAGAUUUGGGUACUGAUGAAGAAGCGAAAAAAAUUUGGCGUAGACAAGCUUCAGGAAAGACCUUGCCUGGUGUGGUUAGAGGUGAUGAUUAUGUUGGCAAUUGGCAAGAAAUCGAUGAAGCUAAUGAAGAGUAUCAAGUCAAGGAUUUAUUGUAUAGUUUUUGA